CAUUGAGAGCGGCUCCUCUGGUAGAUGGAUCUCAGCCAUCUAAUUCAGGUGCGAUCCCCAACCAAGCCGGGAAGCGAGAGGAGACAACCGAGCUCCAGAACGCGGAGCUUUCUGGCCACAAUGCUCGCGCAAGCCGUGUGUCCGACGCCUCUGUGCCACACAGCCUUGGAUACUUGGAGCUUAGCUUACAGGCCUGGCGCGUUACAUCAGGUGCUGGCGCAAGCCAGUUCAGAAGAGCGGAGCGUGCUCGAGCAAGGGAAGGAGUCGAGUAUGGCCAAGACUUGUACGGCGCAUGCCUCGAGGAUGCAGAUAAGGCGGACAACGAGCUCAACAAUGCAGGAUGGGCUCUCUGUACCAUGUCAUAUAGAAGCAUGUAUAGGACGUGAUUUCUCUCACAUAGAAGACUGUCCUCUGCACGGAUAAAUCCAAG